AUGUGCGCACUUCAACUAGGCAUUCCUGAUGUCCUCUACAAAUAUGGUAAGCCCAUGUCUCUUUCCGAUCUCUCCGCUGAACUUUCCCUAGUAAUCAAUCCUUCAAAGGUUUGUUUCCUAAAUCAACAUGAUCAAGAUCACCACUAUUCCCUUACCCCAGCUAGUCGCCUUCUUUUGGAUAAUGAGCCCUUUAAUGUUAGAUCACUCUUGCUUAUCAACCAUGAUCCAGUCUUUUCAAAAGCAUGGUUUGAGUCCAAAAUGAUUCUCCCACUGCUUUUCAUACUGCUAAUGGGAAAUCUUUAUGGGAUUAUAUUUCAUGUAGAUCAAGAACCAAGGGUAUUAGGCGAUAUUUUCAAUGAUGCAUUGGCUAGUGACUCGAGGUUGAAUACCAAUUUUCUUAUUACGGAGUGUAAACAUGUGUUUGAGGGGUUGAGUUCGUUGGUGGUGGCACUGUGCACUGUACAUGUUGUAGAAGAUUGCAAGGGAAGUGGAAAUUUGGAGUUUGUUGGAAGAGAUAUGUUCGAUAACAUUCCCCAUGCUAAUGCCAUCUUACUCAAGUGCAUUUUGCACGACUGGAGGGACGAAGAUUGUGUGAAGAUAUACUGA